CAAUCAAAAUCAUACCCGUCCACAUCAAAUCUGGUUUUAAAGAUUGUAGACAAUAGAUUGAAAAUGCAUCGCCACCGUCAAAUUUGGUUCUAUUCUUUUGAUCAACGGUGGUGAUUCAAGAUGUGCAAAAUUUGAUGCUACGAGCUCUUUUUUUUUAACUAUUAUAUUUUUCUGUCCAGUUUCACGUACUGCAAAACCACUGGGAACAAAUAUAAAGGCGACCAAGAAUGCUCCAUUAUUUCUUCUUUUCAGUUUCAGGUUCACAGUGAAACACAAGGUUUUCACUUUUUGCAUUUUCAAGUGAUGGAUGAGCGGCCUGAGACAGAGUUGAUAUCCAUUCCAGCAACGCCGCGAGUGUCAACACCGGAGAUACAAACGCCGUCGGGGCAGAGGUCGCCGAGGCCAGCUGGGCAGAAGUCGUCGACAGCAUGGACUCCAACGUCGUUUAUAUCUCCCAGGUUCUUGAGUCCGAUAGGGACUCCAAUGAAGAAGGUUUUGAUCAAUAUGAAAGGUUACUUGGAAGAAGUGGGUCAUCUCACUAAGCUUAACCCUCAAGAUGCUUGGCUUCCCAUCACUGAAUCACGCAAUGGGAACGCUCAUUACGCCGCGUUUCAUAACCUGAAUGCUGGGGUUGGGUUCCAAGCUUUGGUCUUGCCUGUUGCUUUUGCUUUUCUAGGCUGGAGUUGGGGUAUAUUGUCGUUAACUAUAGCCUACUGUUGGCAACUUUACACCUUAUGGAUUCUGGUUCAGUUGCAUGAAGCUGUCCCAGGAAAGAGAUACAAUAGAUAUGUGGAGCUCGCACAAGCUGCUUUUGGAGAAAGAUUAGGUGUUUGGCUUGCUCUCUUCCCUACAGUUUAUUUAUCAGCGGGAACUGCGACAGCUUUGAUUCUCAUAGGAGGGGAGACCAUGAAACUGUUCUUCCAGAUUGUCUGUGGCCCUCUCUGUUCAUCAAAUCCUCUGACGACGGUUGAGUGGUAUCUGGUGUUCACGUCAUUGUGCAUUGUCCUGUCUCAGCUCCCCAAUCUUAAUUCAAUUGCAGGGCUCUCUCUUGUAGGAGCCAUCACAGCCAUCACUUACUCCACUAUGGUGUGGGUGCUCUCUGUUAGCCAACAAAGGCCACCCACAAUCUCUUAUGAACCUCUCUCAAUGCCAUCCUCUUCUGCAGCUCUCUUCUCAGUCAUGAAUGCACUUGGAAUCGUAGCCUUUGCAUUCAGAGGCCAUAAUUUAGUUUUAGAGAUCCAGGCAACAAUGCCAUCAACAUUCAAAAACCCAGCUCAUGUGCCCAUGUGGAGAGGAGCCAAGGUUGCUUAUUUCUUCAUUGCCAUGUGCCUUUUCCCUGUUGCCAUUGGAGGCUUUUGGGCUUACGGAAACCUUAUGCCUUCUGGAGGGAUUCUGAAUGCACUUUAUGCAUUUCACAGUCACAGCAUUCCAAGGGGACUCCUUGCCCUCACUUUUCUUCUUGUGGUAUUCAACUGUCUCAGCAGUUUCCAAAUAUAUUCAAUGCCGGCUUUCGACAGCUUUGAGGCUGGAUAUACUAGCCGUACGAAUCGCCCUUGCUCGAUCUGGGUUCGUUCUGGUUUUCGUGUUUUCUACGGAUUUGUGUCCUUCUUCAUAGGGGUGGCACUCCCAUUCCUUUCAAGCCUUGCUGGACUGUUAGGAGGACUCACCCUUCCAGUUACAUUUGCUUAUCCUUGUUUCAUGUGGGUUCUAAUAAAAAGGCCUCCGAAAUACAGCUUCAACUGGUAUUUCAAUUGGAUCCUGGGUUGGUUGGGUGUUGCCUUCAGCCUGGCCUUCUCUAUUGGUGGCAUUUGGAGCAUAGUGAACAAUGGACUCAAGUUGAAGUUCUUCAAGCCCAAUUAAGAAGAAAAGAAAAAGACACUUCCUUAUAUAUAUAAAAUCUAUAUAUGUACUUUUGUGAUGCAAAGUUCAAAUCGAAUGAUAUAUAGUUUCCUCCUGAUUCCUUCUUCAA